AUAUAUGGGUCAGUGAGUUGAUCUAGAAAGGUAAGGUACGUAACAUAUCACUCAUUUUCCAUAUGAAACUUCAUCUUUGAUAUAUAGGUUGUUGUGCUUCCUUUAAGUCUAUCUUUGAAAGAUCUCUCUACAGCUUCACUUUGUUUCUUUGUUUGUUCCACACAAUUUAUUAAUUCAAGUAAUUUCUCUCUCUAAAUAUUACUAAACACAUUUUACUCAUAUACCAUCCUUUUUUCCAUUGGUAGUAGUUGGUACUCAAAUUUCAUUUUUCACAUUUUAUAUUACAAAUAAAUCUUAGUUUGUGUUUUUCCGACAAGGAUCUCAGCUUGUUUGUUCUCACACUUUCAGGCUUUAAGACUUGUGCUUCAGAUUCAAUAUCAUGGCAGAGUUGGUUGCUGGGGCAUUUCUUUCUUCUUCCUUUCAAGUCAUUUUUGAUAAGUUGGCUUCAGUUGAUAUCAGAUACUACUUUGGUGGUAAUAAACUUGAUGAUCUCGUCAAAGAACUUGAUAUUAAACUCAAUUCUAUCAACCAUGUCUUGGAAGAAGCAGAGAUAAAGCAGUACCAAAACACACAUGUGAAGAAAUGGCUUGAUGAACUUAAACAUGUUCUUUAUGAUGCAGACCAAAUUUUGGAUGAGAUUGCUACUGAUGCAAUGCUGAAUAAGAUGAAUGCUGAAUCUGAACCUGUUACCAAUUUUAUAUCUGGCAUGUGGUCAUCUUUAACUCCAAAUCCAUUUGAAUCUAGGAUCAAUCAAGUACUGGAGAAUCUCCAAUUACUUGCAGAUCAAAAGAAAGAUUUGGGAUUGGAAGAUGGUCCUUGUGCUAGUAAAGAAGGCUUAGUCAGUUGGAAACCUUCAAAAACAUUGUCAACUACAGCUCUUGUCGAUGAGUCAACCAUAUAUGGUAGAGAAGUUCAGAAGGAAGAACUUAUCAAACUUUUACUUGAAGGCAAUGACAGUGGCAACAAAGUUCCAAUAAUCAGCAUAGUUGGUUUAGGAGGGAUGGGGAAAACCACCCUUGCUAAGCUUGUGUGCAAUGACAAGAAGAUAAAGGAGCAUUUUCAACUUCAAGCAUGGGUCUAUGUUUCAGAAUCUUUUGAUGUUGUUGGACUCACCAAAGCAAUUCUCGAAUCAUUUAAGUUUUCUGCAAAUGGUGAAAACUUGAGUCUACUUCAUCAACAACUUCAGCAAGAACUAACGGGAAAGAAAUUCUUGAUUGUUUUAGAUGAUAUCUGGAACGUGAAUGCUGCCUGUUGGGAGGACUUACUACUUCCGUUUAAUCAUGGAUCUUCUGGAAGUAAGAUUAUCGUGACAACACGUGAAAAGAAGGUAGGGAAUGUCCUGAAUUCGAAGUUAUUUGAUUUACAACAAUUGGACAAAAGCGAUUGUUGGAGAUUAUUUGAGACACAUGCAUUUCAUGGCAGGAAUAAGUGCGAAAAUCCAGAACUUGAAUCAAUUGGCAAGAAAAUAGUCAACAAGUGUGGUGGGUUGCCUUUAGCUGUAAAAACAUUGGGCCAACUCUUGCGAAGAAAAUUCUCUGUACCUGAAUGGACUAAGAUAUUGGAGACUGAUAUGUGGCGAUUACCAGACGGGGUCAACAUUAACCCAGUGCUGAGAUUGAGUUAUCAUAAUCUCCCUUCCAAUCAUAAGCGUUGUUUUGCUUAUUGUUCUAUAAUUCCCAAAGGUUAUGAGUUUGGCAAAGGUGAAUUAAUCGGUUAUUGGAUGGCAGAAGGUUUGCUGAAGUGUUGCGAAGCAUACAACAGUGAAGAAGAGUUUGGUAGUGAAAUUUUCAGCGAUCUUGAGUCAAUUUCAUUUUUGCAACAAUCACAUCAUACAAAAUCUUUUACACAAGAGCACUACUUUUUCAUGCAUGAUCUUGUCAAUGAUUUAGCAAAAUCAGUGUCAGGAGAAUUUUGUAAGAAAAUAGAUAGUGCUUGGGUGGAAGGUAACCUUAAAUGUACACGUCACAUUUGGUGCUCUCUUGAAUUAAAUUGUGUUGAUAAAUUACUAGAGCAAAUAUGUGAAGUUAAGGGGCUACGUAGUCUAAUACUAAAAGGAGACAAUGUUAUGUUGAUAAGCAACAAUGUGCAACGUGAUCUGUUUUCAAGACUAACAUGUUUGCGGAUGUUAUCAUUUAGAGGUUAUCAUGGUUGUGGUCUGUCAGAGCUAGUUGAUGAGAUAGGCAAUUUAAAACUUUUACGUUAUCUAGACCUUUCUGACACACGGAUUAAAAGCUUACCUGAUACCAUUUGUAUGUUGUAUAAUUUGCAAACACUCUUGUUGCAAUGGUGUGAGUUGACAGAGCUCCCUUCAAAUUUUUCCAAGCUCAUCAAUUUACGUCAUCUUGAACUUCCUUUUGGUUUUAAGAAGAUGCCAAAGAAUAUAGGAAAGCUAAACAAUCUUCACACAUUGAAUUAUUUUAUAGUGGAAGAGCAGAACGGAUCUGGUAUUAAAGAAUUAGCAAAUAUGAACAAUCUUCAUGGAACAAUUAAAAUUACAGGCUUGGGUAAUGUUAUUGAUCAUGUAGAUGCUGCAAAAGCCAAUUUGAAAGAUAAGAAGUAUUUAGAAGAAUUAUAUAUGGUGUUUGAUGGCGGAAGAGAAGAAAUGGAUGACUCAAUAGUUGAAAGCACUGUGUCUGUGUUGGAGGCUCUUGAACCAAAUAGUAACUUGAAGAAACUCAACAUUGAAAACUACAAUGGCGACAACUUUCCAAAUUGGCUAAGGGAUUGUCAUUUACCCAACUUAGUAUCUCUUAAACUGAAGAGAUGUAGAUUAUGUUCACAGUUGCCGCCAUUUGGUCAGCUUCCUUGUCUCAAGUAUCGUUCCAUUUCACAUUGUGAUGGAAUAAAGAUCAUCGGCGAAGAGUUUUACGACAGUAAUUCAACAAGUCUUUCGUUCAGGUCCCUUGAAGUUUUGGAAUUUUAUGGGAUGGACAAUUGGGAGGAAUUGUCAUGUCUUGAAGGGUUUCCUUUGCUUAAAGAGCUUUAUAUAAGAGAAUGUCCAGAAUUGAAAAGGAUUCCGCCUCAACACCUUCCUUCUUUACAAAAAUUUGAGAUAAGAGGUUGCAACAAGUUGGAGGAAUGUUUAUGUCUUGAAGGAUCUCCUUUGCUUAAAGAGCUUUAUAUAAGAGGAUGUCCAGAUUUGAAAAGGAUUCCGCCUCAACACCUUCCUUCUUUACAAAAAUUUGAGAUAAGAGGUUGCAACAAGUUGGAGGAAUGGCUAUGUCUUGAAGGAUCUCCUUUGCUUAAAGAGGUUUCUAUAGAAAAAUGUUCCAAAUUGAAAAGGGCCCCACUGCCUCAACACCUUCCUUCUUUACAAAAAUUGAUAAUUUGUGAUUGUGAAAUGUUGGAAGCAUCAAUUCCUAAGGGUGAUAGUAUGAUAGAGUUAGUUCUAGAUAGAUGUGAUCGGAUUUUGGUAAAGGAAUUGCCGACCAGCUUGAAAAAGUUUGUCCUUUACAGAAAUCGGUACGUCGAGUUCUCCGAUGAGCAAAAUUUAGUAAAGUGUACCGUUCUUGAACGGUUGGCGAUUGAUUUAAGAGGCUUUGUAAAACAUCCCUCUUUAGAUCUGCUUUGCUAUAAUUCUCUUCGUAACCUUGAAAUAAAAGAGUGUCACUCCUCCUCCUUGCCUUUUUCACUACAUCUGUUCACCAAUCUUCAAUCUCUCUAUUUGUACGAUUGCCCACAGCUGGAAUCAUUUCCAAGUGGAGGUUUGCCUUCCAACUUGAUACAACUUAACAUAGAGAAUUGCCCAAAACUGAUUGGUUCGAGAGAGGAGUGGGGUUUGUUCCAACUCAAUUCUUUGAAUGUUUUCAGUGUUAAGGAUGCUGAGUUUGAAAACGUGGAGUCCUUCCCAGAGGAGAAUCUGCUGCCACCAACUCUUGUAAGGCUUUAUCUGAGAAAUUGUUCAAAGCUAAGAAUAAUGAACAACAAGGGUUUUCUCCACCUCAAUUCUCUCAUAGAACUAUCUAUUAGAAACUGCCCUAGUCUUGAGAGCUUGCCAUAGGAGGGUCUACAACUAAGCUCCCUUAUUAAUUUGUGGAUUAAAGAAUGUCCAUUAAUUAGGGAGAAGUACAAAAAGGAGGGAGGAGAGCGUUGGGAUACAAUUAGUCACAUCCCUCAAGUGUAUAUUGACCGCAUGGAGCAGUACGAAUGGAAUGUGGCCGUAUGGAGCAGUACGAAUGGGAUGUGGCCUCAGGCAAGUACAACCAACCCAUGUGUUCAUUUUCUCUUAAUUUAUUUAUUUAUUUAUUUUGACUCUCUAUUUGAUGUUGAACACUCACAACUGUAUCUCAACAAUUUUGUCGUUCCUACCAUUUUUGUUGGGUAGCUAGCUAGCUUCAAUCGACCAAUUUUUUACUAUCAUUUUCAGUUUGUUGGGUAGCUAGCUUCAUUGUAACAUUAUUUAGCUUCAUUGUAAGAUUUUAUUUUAAUUUUUUGUUUUUUAAUCAUCCUUUUGCACCUUCAUUUAUUUUUUGAAAUUGAAUUCUUUUGUGUUUCCUUGUUAUUCUUUUUUCUGAAUAAUAUUUCCAUCUCUGCCAAAAUGAAUGGUUUUCUAAAAAUUGUGUUUUUCAAUUCCAAUAAAAAGUACAAUUCUUCUUUGUUAUUCUUCUCGGUCUCACUUUAUUUUGUGUCCCCUUUUCUUUUCCAGAAAUAAAGCAGGAAGACAGCUUGGAUCAACCAAUUACCAGGGUGCUGAAAAGAAAAGAGGCAGAAGAAUAGGAGGAAAAUCUCAGUAGAUGAUGAUGAUGAAGAAACUACAAUUUCAAAGAGGGCAAAGAUCAAGAUUUGAUUCAAAGGAACCAUGUUUGUCAGCUAUUGUAGAGCAUCGCUCAAAGGAACCUGUUAAGUGGGCAGGGUCAAUUGAGCUCAUAUUCCUUGUACCAAGCCCAAACGUUUUAUGUGGAGUGGUGACUUGAGGUUUGGUUUAGGUGUGAUGUUGUAAAUACAAAGGAACUGCAGCUGCUCUGCAGUCGGAGACGUAAGCAAUAUUGGCUGAACUUCGUUAUCAAACACUGUGUUCAUUAUCUGCUUUUAUUGUUUCUUUAAUCUUUAGUUUUUGGAACCGGUUUGUUGUUGUAACAUACUUAUCAGCAACACACCAUGUUAACAUUGGUAGGGGAGCCAAUGUAAACGGUCGCAUUAAACUCAAAUCCUUUUCUUCUCUCUAUUUUUCUGUAAUUCUGUUGUUGUAAUCAGUCUCUAUUCAGUAAUAAAAAUCCAUUUUCAGUUUCAAUUCUUAUAAACUAUGUGUUCUGAAAACCAGGUUCAAUUCCUGUUUCUUAUAAACUUCAACAACAUGCUACUACAUCUAAUAUGCUUGUGUAAACAAAAUGGUCUUGACAGAAAUUAUAUAACACAUCUUUAGUUUUCUUUAA